AUGUUGAAGUAUCAAGUUAAAUCAACAUCGAGUUCUCCAAGAUCAGCAAGUUCUGGAUCUUCGCCAACUUCUUUUUCAUCGAUGUCAAUGACUUCUUUAUUAAUUGAUGACACAUUAUUGGCAAUUCCAACGACAAGUCGAAGCAAUUCUUUAUUGUCAUUGAAUUCAACUGAUAGUUCUUUGUCAGAUUCUUCCGAAGUGGUAAGUUGAAUCAGAAAUAUUCUGUGUAUAAUCAGCACCCUAUUCUAACAAUAAAGCUCUAAAUAAUUUUAGGGAAUUCUCCGAGUUGAUACACGAACUGUCAAACAAUGCACCGACUACAAAACAAUUCGUGUUACCAGCGCUACAACUUGCAAAAAUGUUAUCGAAAAAUUCAUGAGCACAUUAAAACUAUCGUGUCGAGACCCAAAUCUAUUCGAAAUUUGGAUGGAAUUGACAACAAGAUCAGGAGGUGCACCAAUCACAACUUUGUUAAAACUUGAUGAUGAAUCAAGACCUUAUGAACUUCAAAGAUGUCAUCCAACUGGAAUGUCAAAAUUUAUUUUGUUACAAAAUCCAGCUGGUUAUCUUGUUCGAGUUCAUGAUCAGGCUUGUGCGGAAACGGAAAACGCUUUUUCCGAUUUUCCGACUUUUUGGGAAAAUUUCGGAAAAAAUACGAGUCGGAAAAUUUUCCAUAUGAAAAUUUCGGAAAACUUUUGGUCGGAAAAAUUUUCCGACUGA